AUGGUAUCGUUCGUGCUGCUGUGCCUAGCGCUGACCGUAUUUGUCACCGGACAGGAAGCGCCCCAAGAAGAACGGAAUAUUUCGCAAGAAAACGCAAUCCCAGAGAUGAAAUCAAAACGGCAGGCAGCAGGUCCUGAUCCAGGUACGCAACUCGCCAACGGCGGCAUUCAGAAUUUACCGCCGCAAGGAGCCCCGAUCUCGAAUCCAGGACAGGGUGGCAUGCAGAACAUUCCGGCGAACUGGGCUCCAAAUACGAAUCCAGCACAAGGUGGCAUUCAACAGCCACCGCCGAACUGGGCUCCAAAUACGAAUCCAGCACAAGGUGGUAUUCAGCAACCACCGCCGAACUGGGCCCCAAACUACCCGCAAGGAAAUUAUCCUGAGGCAGGAGUCGGCAAUGCUCAGCCAGGUUUGAAUCCGAGACAGGGUGGCAUUCUACCCGGACACUCGCCGGCAACCUCAAAUCCUCUACAAGAUGGCUAUUAUCUACCAAACCCAUCAUACCCGAACGACGAAGGUUACGGAAUACCCUCUCUCUCACCUGUUGAAAUGCAAUCACAGUGUUACGGCAGUCCGCGAAUCGUGGGAGGCACAAACAGUCAAUGGGAAGAUGCUCCAUUUAUGGUAUCACUACGUGACCUUCCUUACGAUAAAGCAGGGGACUAUGGAAAUGGUCAUUUCUGCGGUGGAGCAAUUCUUACCGAGCGCGUUGUAAUUUCCGCAGCCAGCUGUUUCCAGAAUCGUCUAUAUUCGAACGUCGGAGUUGUCGUCGGAUCAUUACAUCGCCGGAAGGAAGCGAGAGGUGCUACUCAACUCCUGUACGUAAAUAAACUUAUCUCACACUCAGCCUAUUCGCCCGGAAACCCUCGGAAUGAUAUUGGACUGUUGAUUUUAAAAACGAACAUCAAAUUUGGGGACUACGUUCACACUAUUUCGUUACCUCGCAAAAGUCCUAAACAGGGAGAAAAAUGCCAAAUAUUCGGCUGGGGGCAAAUUUCUAUGCAAGUUCCGCGCUAUACGGAUUGUCUGCAGAAAGCCACUGUGGAGGUGCAAAAAUGGCAAGAAUGCAAAAGACAAGCCCAGGAGCAGCAGUUUGAGCUACCCACAACAUCGCUCUGUGCCGGGUCUUUCGAUGGAGGAGCGGACACAUGCGUUGGCGACAGCGGCGGUGCUCUCGUUUGCCGCGGCAGCCUUGCUGGCAUCACCACCGACAGGGUUGGCUGUGGUGAACCUCGUAUGGCCAAGAUCUACACGGACGUGUAUCAGCAGCAAAAAUGGAUUGAUAAAACCAUUCAGCAGUUUGGAAGGAUGUAUUCAGUCAAGGCAUACGGGCUGGGAAAGCCUGUGAAAGGAAGAAAGCAAGCCCGCGGUCGCCAAGAUGACGGAGCUGAAGGAGGCACCGGAAGGCAGAGCUGCUCGGCCGCUUUGUUUGCCAUCGCUGGGCUGUACAUUUUGCUUUGA